ACAAGCAUCAAGAAGUGAUGUCCAUAACUACUACUACUACUAUCACUAAUAAUAAACCUACGGAUGUGUUGUCGUUGUCUACAGAUGUUGUCGACAACGACGACAACCGACAAACAGUAUCCAAACAACACAAACCAAUUAAACGCCAGAAACGAUGGGUUAGACCUAAAUAUAAGGAGAUGUCGGAUGACGACGACGACGACUAUGUUAACAACGACAACAACAACUACUACUCCGAUAGUAAUAGCUAUACGGAUAACGCGGACACAACCGCCACCACUGUUACUACUACUGAAAAUCCGAUGGAUCCGAAACAAUGUAAAUAUUUUGAUAAAGACUUAAACAAAUAUGUGUGUCCACAGUGUGAUCGGCGAUUGGAUCGUGAAAAACAAAUCUACCGACACCUGCAUAUUGUACACAAAGUAGAGCGACCGUGUAUUUGCUUCUACCCGGACUGCGACAAAACGUACGCCAAUCGCCAGUAUCUGGACAGACAUCUCGAAGCGCACGUUAGGCCACAGAUACGUCUGCCCGAACCGGAAUCAGAUCCGAAUUCAUUGUUGCUAAUGAAACGUAACAACUUUGACGAAACUAGUGGCCAAUAUAUGUGUCCGAAUCCGGACUGCGAACUAGGAUUUCCGUCAUCCCGACAACUGUACGCCCAUUUCUAUAGCCAACAUUACAUACGGGGUGAGUGGCGGUGCGAUUAUCCUGACUGUUCAAAAGUAUACAAAACAAAAGUCUUGCUCGACGUUCACCAGAAGAUCCAUUCGGAUGUCAAACCGUAUGUCUGUCAACAUCCGGAGUGUACGAACGCCUACCGAACAAAAGCCGAAUGGAAAUCCCAUCAGAAGGUACACCAAGAAAAUCGUCAGACCUAUCAGUGCCCCGAUUGCGAAAUGGUUUGUUUGAGUGAAAAAUAUUUGAACAAACAUAUGAUUUAUAAGCAUUCGGGUGAGAAAACAAUCAAAUGCGGUAUCGAUGACUGCGAAGAAAUGUUUCACUUUCCCUAUCAGCGAACCCGUCACCGAAAGAAAGUCCAUAACGUUAAGUACGCACCGGAUAAGCGUAUUGUACGCGAAUGUCAGUGGCCGGGAUGCGAGUAUCGUACCGAUCAUUGUACCAAAUUGAAGACACAUAUGCGUAAACAUACCGGUGAACGUGUGGCCUGCCAGUGGCCGGGAUGCGAGUUUACUACUACAUCGGAUACACUGGUCAAAGAGCAUAUGCGCCGCCAUACUGGCGAACGACCGUACGAGUGCCAGUGGCCAGAUUGUGGCAAACGAUUUCGUACCUAUAAGAUCUAUCGCACUCAUUACGAUAUACAUAGAAAUCAUAAGCCGUUUGUCUGCGAUUGGCCCGGUUGUGACUACCGGAGCAACAGUAAAGGCAAUCUAUACACCCAUAAGAGGACACACGAAAAGGAUAAAUAUCCGACAAAACCGCGUAUAAGGCCGUCGCGGGCGAAGACCGCUAAUAAGUCACAGUUGUUGUCGUCGGCGAAAAAAUUGUCGCCGAAAAAACUGGUGAAAAGCCAUGUGAUUGUUACAGGAACUGACAGUACAGGUGCUGAUAGUGGUGGUGGUGGUGGCGGCGGUAUUAUCGGUGGUGAUCUACCACAAGAGGGAUCAACAACGACAACAACAGCUGCAACUAUAGCUCAUUUGUCUCAACUGUUUCAAAAUGCUCAUUGACCUUAAUAUGACCUCUCAUAUCUAUUACAAUAUGCAUGGG